AUGGGUAUGUUUAUGUAUACGAAUGCGCAAACAGAUGAUAUCGAUGUUUCUGAAUAUUCGGGUUUACGUAUUAUUUUAUGGAAACAACGAAAUAGCUGGGACUAUAUCGUUGUUGCCAGCAACAGUGGAAGUGGUAAUAAUCAAAAUCAGUUCAACAAACCAGGCGGUGUUUAUGUUGAUGAGCAAACAUUAACUGUUUAUAUAGUUGAUACCUCGAAUCACCGUAUACAAAAGUGGCUUAAAAAUUCUACAGCAGGCAUCACCAUGGCAGGUGCUAAAAAUGAUAGUUCGGGAACACAAAACAAAUCUGCUUAA